ACGAAGAGCCGAGAAGAGCAGACACGCGACUUUGCCGCCCGCCCGCCUGCCUCUCUCUGUGUCCCUCGGCAGCGUCUGAGCCGGCGGCUUCCGGCGAGCGCCCCUCCGAACAUCGGUGGCUGCUUGCAAUCUGUGCGUGGCGCCGGUUGCCCCUUUCCGCCCCGAGAGAGAGAGAAGGAGACCGUCGGCCGGUCCGUCGAGAGAAUCGAGCCAUGUCGCGCAGGCGGCACCGGGACGAGAAUGACGAACAACAGCACAAGAGAAGAAAAAUAUCUGAAACAGAGAUGCUGGAAGACUUAAUAAGCACAUUGGGAGAAGAGAGUUCUUCUUCUUUGGAAAGUAACGUAGAUAAUGUGAAUAAGGUGUUGGAGGCACAUCUGCCAAACUUCAAAAGCAAAAUACUGAGACUCCUUUGUACAGUUGCACGUGUGCUACCACAAAGGAUGACCCUUUACACAACUCUUGUUGGCUUGCUGAAUGCCAGGAACUACAAUUUUGGCGGAGAGUUUGUAGAAGCCAUGAUACGUCAGCUGAAAGAAUGUUUGAAACUCAACCUGUACAAUGAAGCUGUCUAUUUAGUGCGCUUUCUUUCUGAUCUUGUGAAUUGUCACGUAAUAGCUGCACCCUCAAUGGUAGCCAUGUUCGAGAAUUUCGUUAAUGUGACGCAGGAGGAGGAUGUACCUCAGGUUCGAUGUGACUGGUAUGUGUAUGCAUUUCUGUCAUCUUUACCUUGGGUGGGAAAGGAACUCUAUGAGAAAAAGGAUACUGAAAUGGAGCACAUCUUGUCUACUGUUGAAAACUAUCUGAAACGGCGUCAGAAGACUCAUGUGCCCAUGCUACAAGUUUGGUCUGUUGAUAAACCACAUCCCCAAGAAGAGUACUUAGAUUGCCUUUGGGCUCAGAUUCAGAAAAUGAAGAAGGACCACUGGCAAGAGAGGCACAUCCCAAGGCCAUACCUGGCGUUCGACAGCGUGCUUUGUGAAGCGCUGCAGCACAACCUGCCUUCUUUUACGCCCCCACCCCACACGGCAGAUUCCGUUUACCCGAUGCCAAGAGUCACCUUCCGAAUGUUUGACUACACUGAUGAUCCUGAAGGUCCAAUUAUGCCUGGGAGCCACUCUGUUGAAAGAUUUGUGAUCGAAGAAAACCUCCACUGCAUCAUCAGAUCCUUUUGGAAAGAGAGAAUGACAUGUGCUGUCCAGUUAACAAGCUAUCCAGGAAACCACAAGAUCCCCCUGAAUUACCACAUUGUUGAGGUGAUCUUUGCUGAGUUGUUUCAGCUUCCUGUUCCGCCUCACAUGGAAAUCAUGUACACAACACUUUUUAUUGAACUCUGUAAACUUCAGCCUGGAUCUUUACCUCAGGUUCUUGCACAAGCUACGGAAAUGCUGUACAUGCGCUUAGAUACAAUGCAUACCAUCUGCAUAGAUCGGUUCAUUAAUUGGUUUUCCCACCAUCUUAGUAAUUUUGAGUUCCGUUGGAGCUGGGAAGAUUGGUCAGAUUCUGUUUCUGAGGAUCUUGACAGAGCCAGGCCUAAGUUUGUAAGGGAAGUACUGGAAAAAUGCAUGAGGCUUUCCUACCACCAGCGAAUAAUAGAUAUUGUUCCUGCUAGUUUUUCAGUCUUGACUCCUGCAAAUCCAAUCUGUAUUUAUAAAUAUGGAGAAGAAAGUAACAAAUCUCUUCCUGGAUACAACGUUGCACUCUGCUUAAACAUUGCCAUCAAAAAUAAAGUGAGUAAUGAUGAAAUUUUCACCAUUCUGAAGGAUGUGCCCAAUCCUAAUCAGGAUAAUGAUGAUGAAGGCUUCUCAUUCAAUCCUUUAAAAAUAGAAGUUUUUGUCCAGGCACUAUUACACUUAGCCUCAAAGUCAUUCAGUCACUCUUUCAGUGCUCUGGGAAAAUUUCGAGAAAUCCUCAAAACUUUGGCUGAAAGUGAUGAAGGGAAGCUUCAUAUUCUCAGAGUUAUGUAUGAAGUAUGGAAAAAUCAUCCUCAGAUGAUUGCUGUACUGGUGGAUAAGAUGAUUCGAACACAGAUUGUGGAUUGUGCUGCAGUGGCUAACUGGAUUUUUUCUCCAGAGCUAUCUCAUGAUUUUACAAGAUUUUAUAUUUGGGAGAUCUUACACUCUACCAUUCGUAAGAUGAAUAAGCAUGUGAUGAUGAUCCAAAAGGAGCUAGAAGAAGCCAAAGAAAGAUUAGCCAAGCAACACAAAAGACGUGAGGAUGUCCGGAGCAAUGAGAGGGGAAAUUGGCCCCUUGAAGAACAGAUUGAACGUUUGCAAGAAAAAGUUGAAUCGGCUCAAAGUGAACAAAAAAACCUUUUCCUUGUAAUAUUUCAGCGUUUUAUUAUGAUGCUAACAGAGCAUUUAGCACGAAGUGAAGCAGGAGGCAUUGAUGUAAUUACACCUUGGUACAAGAACUGUAUAGAGAGGCUGCAGCAAAUCUUCCUACAGCAUCAUCAGAUCAUCCAUCAGUACAUGGUGACCUUGGAGAACCUUCUAUUUACAGCAGAAUUGGAUCAUCACAUACUGGCUGUAUUUCAGCAGUUCUGUGCACUCCAGGCUUAAAUUACUUUUUUUUUUUUGUAUAGGACUUAAUUUCAUUUUGUGAAACUUAAGAUUUCGAUGGGAAAGAAAGAAAAAAUAAUAAUAACCUGAAAGUGUGCUGUGCUAGAUAAACAGUGCUCAUAUUUUCAGCAGUAGGGGCCUUAUGCUAGUUAUGAUUCCGGGAUGUUUGGGAUGGAAUAAUGUGUGGAUUUCUAAAUUUGAAAUGGAUUGAAUAUUGACUCGGCCAUAGCAUCCCUUUUGUGCCCUCUUAUUAUUGGUAUAAAAGUUAAAAAUAGAAGACAAUAAAUAGAUGUGGCUCUUUGUUGACCUUUUGCAUACCAUGCAACGGGUUCUAUAAUAAUGUGAACUAAGUCUCAAAACACGAAUGUAUCUGAGGAUAGACUUUCUGGUGAUAAUGCUCAAAACUCCGUAAGAAACAGAAGCCUCAAAUAUAUGAAUAUUUAAAUGGCUAAGUCUGCAGAGAACUUUGGGGUAUGUUUGCUAUCAAAAUGAAUGAUCAUGGUUUUGUGAAAUAUAAUUGAAACUACAACACUUUUUAAAACAUUGGUCCAAUGUGCUUAUUUUGGGUCACACAGAAUAGAAACAAGCUGAGUUACUGAAGCAACAAUCUGGGCUGCUCAUUUGUAAUGCAGAUAUAAGUUGCAUUAAGGGACGUAAUAAAAGCUAUCAACUAGCCUGAUCUGCCUUCCAUAACUCAAGAUUGUCUGAUUACUCUGGAGAAAACGUAUUUUUGUUCAUUGGCCUAGACCAAGAAGACAGCCAAGGCUGUUGUGCUUCUUUUUAUUUAUUUGUGCCGACUCAUACAUUUGAUAAGCCAAGUCAUUAGAUUAAGGCUGGCUUUGCAAAUAUGGUUAUCAACGUCUUCCAAGUUAAAAACGUGAGAGUUACUUAAGGGCCUAUUCUUAAUAGUAGAAAAUAUAUAUAGCUCAGCGUUGAAUUGCUGGGCUCUUGGUAUUCCCAUUUAUCAUUACUAGGCCAAACAGCACAAUGAACUGCCUUCCAGCCAGUUAA